GUGCUUGGUGUGUGUGUGUCAGCUAGAAAAUGGCGGCGGCUAUUUCUCAGGAGGAAGAGUCUUUCACAUGUCCAGUGUGUCUGGAUCUGCUGAAAGAUGCAGUUACUAUUCACUGUGGACAUAACUUCUGUAUGAGGUGCAUUAAGGGCUGCUGGGAUCAGGAGGAUCAGAAAGGAGUCUACAGCUGCCCCCUGUGCAAACACACCUUCACUACCAGACCUGUCCUCUACAAAAACCCUCUGAUUGCUGAGAUGGUGGAGAAAUUUGGGAAGACCAGAAUCCAGACUGCUGCUCCUGCUCAGUGUUCUGCUGGACCUGGAGAUGUGGAGUGUGAUGUCUGCACUGGGAGAAAACUCAAAGCUGUGAAGUCCUGUUUGGUUUGUCUGAAGUCUUACUGUAAAACUCACUUCAAAACUCACAAUGAACUUCAUUCCGGAGAACACUCAGUGAUUGAUGCCACAGGCCAGCUACAGAAGAGGAUCUGCUCUGAACAUCAGAAAGUUUUAGAAAUAUUUUGUCGUACUGAUCAGAUUUGUAUCUGUUAUCUGUGUACGAUGGACGAACAUAAAGGCCACGACACAGUCACAGCUGCUGCAGAAUGGAAACACAAACAGAAACAGUUGGGGCAGACCCAGAGGAGAUUCCAGCAGAGAAUCCAGGAGAGAGAGAAGGAGCUGCAGGAGCUGAGGAAGGCUGUGGAGACUCUCAAGAGCUCUGCACAGACAGCAGUGGAGGACAGUGAGAGGAUCUUCACUGAGAUGAUCUGCUCCAUUGAGAGAAGGCGCUCUGAGGUGACAGAGCUGAUCAGAGCUCAGGAGAAGGCUGAGGUGAGUCGGGCUGAAGGACUUCUGAAGAGACUGGAGCUGGAGAUUGCUGAGCUGAAGAGGAGAGAUGCUGAACUGGAGCAGCUUUCACACACAGAGGAUCACAUCCAUUUCCUCAAGAAUGUUGUGUCAGUCACUGCUGCUCCUUGCAGUACAGUUUCAACCAGCAUGACCUUCAGCCAAAGUGUCUCUUUUGAGGCUGUGAAGGAAUCUGUCUCUGUAGUGAAGGUGCAGCUGGAGGAGAAACUGGAAGGCAUCUUCAAGGAGGAAGUAGAAAAGAUAUCUGCAGCAGUGGCACAUAUUGAGAUCAUCCAGUCUUUAGAAUAUACUGAUCCUGAACUCCCAAUCAAAAGAACAAGCAGUAAGGAUGGGCUGCCACCACACAUGUCUGAUGUUUCAGUGCCUGGUGUUUUUCCUGAACCAGUGACCAGAGAGGAGUUCUUGCAGUACUCCUGUCACUUCACACUGGAUCCAAACACAGCACACAGACGCCUCCAUCUGUCUGAGGGGAACAGGAGGGUGGAGUGGAGAGCUGAGCUCCAGUCAUAUCCUGAUCAUCCAGAGAGAUUUGAUAGGGGUCAUCAGGUGCUGUGUAGAGAGGGUGUGUCUGGACGCUGCUACUGGGAGGUGGAGUGGAGUGGGUGGUGUGUUCAAAUAGCAGUCUCCUAUAAAAGCAUCAGCAGGAAAGGAGGGGAUAAUGAGAGUGGGUUUGGAUGGAAUGAUCAGGCCUGGAUGCUGCACCGCUCCAGCUCCAGCUGCUCCUCUUUCUGGCACAAUAAGAAAGAGACUGAACUCCCUCUAGUGGCCAGCUCCAGAAUAGGAGUGUAUGUGGAUCACAGAGCAGGAACUCUGGCCUUCUACAGCAUCUCUGACACAAUGACCCUCCUGCACAGAGUCCAGACCACAUUCACUCACACACUCUACCCUGGGUUCAGGAUAGGCAAUCCGUUUUUCAUGUACACUGGAUCAUCAGUGAAGCUGUUAUGACCCACACUGUAUGCAGCAGGACAGAAGUGUAAAGACCCCAGAUACAGAUAGCUGCUGACCAGAUAUUAGAUCAGACUCAUGUCUGGUGGUGGGACAUUACGUGAUGUUGACUAGAAGUGAAUAUUUAUGAGCUUGUACUCAGGAGAUUAAAUACGAUAUUUGAUGUAUGAUGCAAUACACUUUUUGCUCCAACAUGACUCUUAUGGCUGUCCCAAAACACUUGCGCUAAAAUCACCAUAUGUAUGGGAUCUUAUGGUGGAUGCUAAAUGUACAUUUUAAAGAAUA